CUCGCCCUAGCCCUGGAGGAGUGGGCGGGGCAGGGGGAGCCCUAUAAUUGGAGGAGUCUGGGAUCCCUGAGUCCUACUCAGCCAGAGCGGAGGCGAAAGACUGGUGGUUGCCCAGGAGCCGAUUAACCUGCUCUGAAGAUGAAGGUUCUGUGGGCUGCCUUGGUGGUCGCGUUCCUGGCAGGAUGCCAGGCCGAAACGGAGGAGGUGAAGGUGGGGCAGGAGCCAGAGUGGGGGCUGGACAACCAGCCCUGGGAGCAGGCGCUGAGCCGGGUCUGGGAUUACCUGCGCUGGGUGCAGACGCUGUCUAACAAGGCCCAGGAGGAGCUGCUUGGCACCCAGGUCACCGAGGAAUUGACGGUGUUGAUGGAGAACACCAUGAAGGAGGUGAAGACCUACAAGGAAGACCUGGAGAAGCAGCUGGGCCCCAUGGCCCAGGAGACGCACGCCCGCCUGUCCAAGGAGCUGCAGGCAGCACAGUCCCGGCUGCAGACGGACAUGGAGGACUUGCGCACCCGCCUGACCCAGUACCGCAGCGAGGUACAGACCGCGAUGGGCCAGAACCUCGACGACAUUCGGGCCCGCCUGGCCACCCAACUGCGCAGGCUGCGCAAGCGGCUGCUCCGCGAUGCUGAAGACCUACAGAAGCGCCUGGCCCUCUACCAAGCUGGGGCCCGCGAGGGUGCGGAGCGUGGGGUUAGCGCCAUCCGCGAGCGCCUUGGGCCGCUGAUGGAGCAGAGCCAAGUGCGGGCCAUCAGCGCCAGCCAGCCGCUGCGGGAGCAGGCAGAGGCCUGGGGGCAGCGGCUGCGCGGAAAGCUGGAGUUGGUGGGCAGCCAGGCCCGCGACCACCUGGACGACAUGCGCGAUCGGAUGGAGCAGUUCCAGGCCAAGGUGGAGGAGCAGGCCAACCAGAUGCGCCUGCAGAUGGAGACCUUCCAGACCCGCGUCAAGAACUGGUUCGAGCCCCUGGUGGAAGACAUGCAGCGCCAGUGGGCGGGGCUGGUAGAAAAGGUGCAGUCGACCUUUGGCACCAACUCCCCCUCUGUGCCCGAGGAAAAUCACUGAGUGCCUGCUGGCCAUGAGGCCUGGAAGACCCCACUCCUGCCACCCCGUGCCCCCUGCAUCUUCCAGCCAGCAGGGGCCCUGUCCCUGUACCCACUGUCCCCCUGCUGGGCCCUGGCUUAAUAAAGUUUCAGCAAGCUUCGCAGCAGCA